CAUCAGUUACUUACGACAAGUGUUAUCGGCUCAAUUUCAAUUCCACGUUUGUGUAAUAGUGCAGAAAAAGAUCAAAUGAUGGAUUUCGACUGGAAAAAUAUUGAAAUUUAUGAUGAUGACCUAGAUGACAUGGAUAUAAUCAAGAAAAUAAUUGGUAGAAAUGACCAGGAUGAUCCAUUUUAUAUAUUUGAUGUUGAGGAUAUUGUCAAAAAACACAAACAAUGGCUUACAAAAAUGCCAAGAAUUGUUCCUCACUUUGCUGUUAAAUCUAAUCCCGAUCCAACAGUGAUAAAAAUUUUAGCAGCUCUAAAUGCAAGCUUUGAUUGUGCCUCGAUGCAAGAAAUUCAGCUGGUUAUGAAUAUGGGAGUAACAAAUGAUCGAAUAAUAUAUGCAAAUCCAAUAAAAGCUCCGAGUCAUAUUGAAUUUGCUAAAAAAGUUGGUGUUGAUAGAACAGUUGUUGACACCAAAGAGGAAGUAUUGAAGCUAAAAGAAUUACAUCCAAAUGCCAAAUUGCUCAUUCGAAUAGCAAUUGAUGGAUCAGCCGAGAAAUGUGGUGUUAAUUUUAGUGGAAAGUUUGGCUGCAAGUCAACUGAUGAAGCCAUUGAGCUCAUGAAAUUUAUUAAAAUACAAAAAAUGUAUCUUCUAGGAUUUAGUUUUCAUCUUGGUAGUCCUUGUUGGGACACAACGUCAUAUGGAAAAGGUAUAGAAAUUUGCAAAGACCUGAUAAAAACAGCAAGAGACAUGGGACACUUGGAAACAAGACUCAUUGAUAUUGGUGGUGGAAUUGAUGGAACAGAUAAGGACUAUUUUAACGAGGUAGCAGCAUCUGUCAACGCAGCAUUGGAGGAUGUUGAUCCUUCAAUCGAAAUCAUAAGUGAACCUGGUAGAUACUAUGUCGACACAAGCUUUACGUUAUCAGCUCGAAUUAUUGGCAAGAAAAUAAUCAACCAAGAAAAAAUGAAAAAAAAAAUUUAUUAUAUCAAUGAAGGAACUUAUGGAUCUUUUAUCGAGGAGCUUUUAGAUCUUAGACAAAGAAUUCCUAUCUCUUUGUAUAAUCAGCCAAGUGAUGAAAAGUUUCCAUCAGUCAUUUGGGGACGUACAUGUGAUUCAUGUGACGUUGUUAUAAAAAAUGAAUUAAUGCAAGAUUUUAAUAUUGAUGACUGGAUGAUUUGGAGAAACAUGGGUGCUUACACAAUUUCAAAUGCAACUGUAUUCAAUGGCUACACUUUGGCCGGUGUUAAACCAUUUAUUCGUAAAGGCUCCUUAAAAUAUAUUUCAACGGUAAUUGAUGAAAUACAAGGAAAAAACAACAACCAUAUUUCUACUGAGCAAUCAGAUAAUUAAUUCAAGAAAGUUAAUAAUCAAUCUGGAUGUUGUUAUUAUUUUUUUUUUGUCAACACAAGUAGUUUAUUUAGAUACCCAUCACAAUGCUUUAAUUUAACCCCAAGAAUAAUUGGAUAUUUUAUUUCCAUAUGGA